AUGGAUAUUAAGAAGCUAGAGUCAAGCUUUCAAAAAGCUACGAAGAUAUCUCAGACCCUAGAAGAAAUUGAAAUUCUUUCUGCUAUUUCGUCGAUAUUAACUUCAAACUUCUCUAACAAAGAAGAGAUCGCAAAUGAAAAUCUAUUUACUGAUGAUUUUCUAAAGACAGUUGAUUACCUAUCUAAAACCAAUGGAUUAUAUUUUACAACAAGUGCAACUUUGGAUUGGUUUGUGUUUUAUUUAUUUUCGCGAAGAUAUCCUUCCCGAGAAGAAAAUAACAGCGUUGCUACUAUGAAUUUUAAUAAUCCUUGGAGACCCGUAAUAAGUGAUGACGAUCCAAAAUUCAUUGUACGUUUGAAUGUUCCUGCAGACCACCUUAUAAAUUGGCUUUGGAAUCGUCCAUUCGUUAAGCAAAAUCUGCGAAUGUACUCGUCCGCGAUUAGAUUAUGUAUGAUUCGAAAUUCGCAAAAUCACCCGAUAGCCAGAAGGCAACUUGUAUCUCAUGCCAUUCGAUGGACAAUUCGCCACUUGAAAAAUACUGACUUAGAUUUCACAACUGGGUCACCAUUGACUAUUCCAUGCGGUGGCUCUUUCGAUGGCCUCUCAGAGGUAGGUGACCUUGAACCAAUUAGCGAUGAGAGUGUUGAUGGCAAGGAUUACUCAACUGAGUCAACUGCAAAGUGGUUCACGACGGUAAUCGAAUCAGAAGGAGCUUUGAUCGAUCAGAGAUCUGGGAAGAAACCAGUUCAAAUUCUUCGAUUAGCUAUCGAGGAGCUGAUUUUGGUUUGUAUUACGGAUCAAGAGGAAGAAAUCCGAAAAAUGACCUUCAAAAGACUUGGGACAUUCUUUAAAGAAGCUCCGUUGCCCAUCUCCGCGGUAUUCUGUCUUAGAUGGAUUGAGGUAAGAGAAUUACAGGCGCUAAUCAGUACCAAUCACAAAAUUAUGCAAAUUCACCUUAUCAGUAUGAAUUUUUAUAGGAGUUAG